GGAAUGCUAACAGCUAACAGCUAGCACUGUCUGCUGGCUCACUUGAACGCAUCAUGGAACGUGCACACGCACCGGUGCGCGUGUCCGCGGGAGAAGAGCGUCAUCCGAGUUUCCCGAAGUUGCCGCGCAGGCUCACUGCGCAGCCUACAACGUGUGUGCAAGUUGGAAUCAUGGCAGAAGGAGGAGAGGACAGCGCUCAGGACAUUUAUCAGCCCUCUAAGAGGACUAAGUCUGAAGCAUGGGUAUAUUUUGGUUGUUAUAAGAAUGCCGAGGGACAGUUGAUUGAAGAUACUUAUCCUGUCUGCAGAACGUGCAGGAAAAAAGUUGCUGCUAAAGGCGGCAAUACGUCGAAUCUCCUGACUCAUCUCCGUCACCCACAGCUUUAUAGCCAAUGCAAGAUGACGGAGACGGUGAAGUACGUGGACGACGAACACAAGAGCAUCUUCCUGAAGCUGCUGAACGAGCAGAGACUGGAAGGCGAACACUGCGACAUCGCCGUGGUCGUCGAAGACGUCAAGUUCCGCGCUCACCGCUGCGUGCUCGCCGCCUGCUCCAACUACUUCAAAAAACUCUUCAAGAAACAUGAGGUGGACAACUCUUCAGUGAUUGAGAUCGACUUCAUCCGCUCAGAUAUCUUUGAGGAGGUGUUGAACUACAUGUACACAGCGAAGAUCUCCGUCAAGAAAAGAGACGUCAACCUCAUGAUGUCAUCAGGACAGAUCCUCGGCAUCCGCUUCCUCGACAAACUCUGCUCUCAGAAACGAGACGUGUCUUCAGAGGACAAAGACAAGUUUCCUUAUGAUAUCGUAAAGAUGGCGCUGCCACCGGAGGCUCAGCUGGCUGCUGACGCCGAGGUGCUCGGGGAGCACGAUGACACGCCCACCACAGACGACCUUGUUGAAGCGUCAGCCAAUCAGGAGCUCGAUAAGUCUCCCAGUGCAGCGCUGCGUGUGCAGGAAGCCAUCCUGAAAGAGCUGACCAAUGAGGACGUUCACAAGGUGACCUGCUACGACCAGGAUGUGGUGACAGAGAUGGAGGCGGAGCCUAAAGAGCUGGGGGCGGAACACCACGCCACCCAGACACUGACGUUUGCAGACAGUAUCGGGGAGGUGAAGGACGAGCAGCCACCCGGCUGGACGACAGCAACCACCGACAUGAAGUUUGAGUACCUGUUGUACGGACACCGGGAGCAGCUCGCCUGCCAGGUGUGUGGGAAGACCUUCAUGGAUGAGAGCAGACUCAGGAAACAUGAGAAGCUUCAUUCAGCAGAGCGUCCGUUCGCCUGUGAGAUCUGCACCAAAGCUUUCACCACCCACGCUCACCUGAAAGAGCACCUGAAGAUCCACACAGGCUUCAAACCGUACCGGUGUGACGUUUGUGGGAAAUCGUUCAUUCGAGCUCCAGACCUGAAAAAGCACGAACGAGUUCACAGCAACGAGAGGCCGUUCGCCUGCCAGAUGUGUGACAAGGCAUUUAAACACAAGUCUCACCUGAAAGAUCAUGAGAGGAGACACAGAGGAGAGAAACCGUUCGUCUGUCCGUCCUGCACCAAGGCCUUUGCCAAGGCGUCAGAUCUGAAGCGUCAUGAGAACAACAUGCACAGUGAGAGGAAGCAGCUGAAUCCACUGCAGAGCGACACAGAGACACUGCAGGCUGCCGCCAUGGCUGCUGAGGAGCAACAUCUGGACUCCAUCAGCUGCUCCUAACAUCAGCUGCUGCCCACAUCUGGACUCCAUCAGCUGCUGCCAACAUCUGGACACAAUCAGCUGCUCCAACCAUCAGCUGCUGCCAACAUCUGGACACAAUCAGCUGCUCCAACCAUCAGCUGCUGCCCACAUCUGGACUCCAUCAGCUGCUGCCCACAUCUGGACUCCAGCAGCUGCUCCAACCAUCAGCUGCUGCCCACAUCUGGACUCCAGCAGCUGCUCCAACCAUCAGCUGCUGCCCACAUCUGGACUUGGUCAGCUGCUGCUGCUGCUAGUGGACAUACUGUCACUGCCUUUAUUGAUCUUUAUUGGUUUUUUAUUCUUCAGCAGACUCUUUUGGAGUUCUGUGUUUGUAGAAGUUUUCUUUUUCUUUUUUUUUUUUUGGCUCUGAUCAGUGAUCAAUGAACUGACGUGAACAUGAACUGAUGACCUCAGCGAUCAUGUGACAAACAUGGCUGACCCUCGGCUGUGUGUAAGAUUUGUAAGUACGAGUGUUUGGACUGGACAGGAUCUGUUUUUCAGUGUGUACAGAAAAUGUUUGUGUUGUAAAUAAAACUGUUGUUCUGUUCAGUUUAAUGAGCAGAGCUGUUUUAAACCA